AGCCUGGAAGCACAAUACUAUCCAAGGCUCCCAAACACCUUCCAGUCCUGAGUGGAAACGCCAGGUUCAGAGAAACAUUGCAGAUGGGCACAGCAAGGCAUGACCGAGAGAUGGCAAUCAAUGCAAAAAAAAGCCUGCCCACAAUCACCAACCCUUUAGAAAGACUUCGCCUGCACUGUUUAGCAAGGGGAUCUGCAGGCAUCAAAGGACUUGGCAGAGCAUUUAGGAUUAUUGAUGAUAACAAUAGCAGAACCCUUGAUUUCAAUGAGUUUCUGAGAGGACUGCAUAAUUAUGCUGUGAUGAUCAAUAAAGAAGAAGCAGAAGAGCUUUUCCGGAUAUUUGAUAAAGACGGCAGUGGAACAAUUGAUUUUGAUGAAUUUCUUGCUACACUGAGACCUCCCAUGUCCAAUGCAAGAAAAGACAUUGUCAUGCAGGCAUUUCAGAAGUUGGACAAGACUGGAGAUGGUGUAAUAACAAUUGAAGACUUACGCAGGGUGUAUAAUGCAAAAUGUCAUCCCAAAUACCUAAAUGGAGACUGGACAGAAGAUCAAGUUUUUAGAGCCUUCCUGGAUAGUUUUGAUUCACCCUAUGACAAAGAUGGGAAGGUCACAAAAGAGGAAUUCAUGAACUACUAUGCUGGAGUCAGCGCUUCAGUAGACACAGAUGUCUACUUUAUCAUCAUGAUGAAGAAUGCUUGGAAACUCUAAUCAUAUAGUUAAAGAGGC